AUGGUUUGUUACGCUCUAACGUACUCUAUCUCCAUCCUGGUGAUACUGUGGUAUCGAAUGUGGUGUGUAGGAGCAGUGAUAAACAGCAAAAGAACAUUGACCAGAAUAGAAGAAGAAAUGCUGCAGGAAUACCGAAUGCAGGUCGCGCGGAAACUGACGGCCGUCGAAUCGAGUCGGGACUUCCUUCGUAUCUUCGUUCCAAACAACGAGAUCGAGCCGAGGUUCACAUCCAUGGUCAACGCGACGGUGCAGAAGAAGAAGGGAAGGAUCAGCCACGGCAUCACCCUCGAUUUCGAUGAGGAGAUCAGUGAUCGAGCCAUGGCAGCUUGGAUUAAACAUGGUGCUUCAGUGGGAUGCUCCGAGCCUCAGCCCCGGAUGUUGGACAUGUUCGAAGAGCUCGGUCUAUCCCGUGGCAUAGGAACGUACAUCUACCCGAGUUGUACGUGGGUGAGACGGUGUGGCGGUAGUGGGUGCUGUACCAGCGAUCUGCAGGAGUGUGCCAGCGUUCCGGGGACGAGAGCCAAUGUUACGAAGCCGUUUGUUAUGAUUACAGAGACGGGCAUAGAUGAAUCACUACACGUGACUAUGAAAGACCAAUUUCUAAACUACACCUUUUACGAAGACACAGCUUGUACCUGUCUAAACCGUCCCGAAAGUGAACUGCCAUGCUCGCACACGACUUGUCCAUCGAAUCAAGGGUUCAGUGUGGCUGCCUGUGGUUGUAAGUGCCUCAAGGAUUGUCCGGUGCCAUAUAUGCAGGACCCAGACACUUGCCAGUGCGACUGCAGCUCCGGGGACAAACCGUGUCUCAAAGUCAUGCGAGGAAAAAGGCGGUUACCUGCAGAAGAGUGUUUGCGUGUCGGGCAUGGAUUCGAGAAGCCCAAAUGCAGAAGACACUGGAGUUUCUCAACCACGCACUGCAGAUGUGAAGAAAGAGCGCCACCUACCGUCUGGGCACGGAUGUACAAGAUCAAUAACGAAGUACCUGUCGAGACUCUACCCGAAACCGGUGACGAACCCGAUGAAGAACUCAUCAACGAAUACGCUUCGGGAAUUACUCCUCCACUCACGACAGCCGAAGCGACAACUAUUAUGACGCCUCUUAUUCCAGAAGAAGACGAAGAAGAAGAAGUAGAAGAAGACACUGCUCGGGGAGAUUCAUCGUCGUCUUCUUCCGUUGAUGAAACUUUGCCUCAGGAUCCCGAUCCAUUUGAUCCCUUGGUCAUGCUACCCGUGGCACCGGAACAAAGAUACACCAGUGGCAGCGAAUACCAACAAGUUCAGCAUGAAACAAGGACAAAGGUCAUAAGUUCAUACAAUCACACAAGUGCCAGUCAAGAAACAAUUUCUAAGGAUUCAUCUAGCCGAGGAAGCCGUCUCGAACAGGAAGUUGAAGAAACGACUUCGACAAACUAUGAUACGACGGAAACGACGACGACGACGACGCGGCCGCACCAGGACACGUAUGGACAUCAUCGUGGUCGGUUUCUUGGGCGUGUUGGUUUAGAGGACGAUGAGGAUGAGGUGGUAGCCGAGUUAGGAGAAUUCGGAAGUGGAUCGACGCCAGUUGACGAUGAUGAUUAAAGCUGGAGCAGAGAGUCAAUUUGUGCGCAAUUGAUUUAAUUUUGAAGCGCAAUUUUUUUUUCUGACAGUGUCGGUCACAAAAUGGUCACGGAACCUCAACAAAGAUGAAUGCUGUGUUAAUAUUCAUCAUCGUUUGUUAAAGGAAGGGCUGACUAAAGAAAGAUCAUGAAAUCGAAUGGAAUCGAGAAAAGUGCCUGUGCGUAAAAAAAAAGAGGAAAAAGGACAUCUUUGUAAAGGAAUAUACAUGUACAGUGUACAGUGAUAAU